GCGGUAGCUGUGGUGUGGUCCGACUUACGAACGUGGUCUUCUCUUCAAGUGUUUUCUCGACACUCUGUACUUCAAACGCUGGCUGAUAGCUACUCGGGCAACGGUACUUGAAAGAAACGUGCUCAGAUUUGAGGAGUUCUUUUUUUAGAAGUGUGCAGGCGAAUGACCGGUUAAGGAACGGGUUUUGCGGUGGUAACGUUGUCGUUGCUGCACACGGUCGGACAGCCUUUCACCAUACAGGCACAACUCGCCAAGAGUUCACCGCUACGACUCUACAUCAUGGACUACAAAGCAUUGAUCGCUCUCAGCGCCUGCCUUCUGAUCAAAGUGUCAUCUGGUGAGCCGUCUGUUGGAAUCACGCUACCGAAGUCCGUCAGUACGCGGUUGGGCGAACCUGCAACUCUAUCCGCCACUUUUACAACCAACCGCCAGAUCCUAUCCAUCCUCUGGCACAAAGUAGACAAAAAGCAGCAAGAGAUACAAAAGCGUGAGCUGGUGUAUUCCUACUACCCACCCAUAGGACGGAGAGAGGCGCACGGACAAUACGCGGGAAGAACCCAGCUCGUGGGGAAGGCUUCCUUAAAGAUUAAUCCGACACGUCUUGAAGACGAAGGAGUCUACGUGCUCUCAGUGAUGGCAGAAGGACUCGGUAACGAGGAGGGAUUCGUACAGUUAUCAAUCAUGGUGCCCCCCACCGUUCAGGUUGGCCCGUCCGACCCUUACGUCACUUCCUUGGGAAGAACAGCGUCCCUGACAUGCGCAGUGGGAGGUGCCAAGCCGAACAUCACGGCGCUUCACUGGGAGAAAGACGGAGAGAUUCUGCAGACGACACGGUUCGGUAACAAGUACACGGGAGGGACCAUCAAGACGCCAUCUUUGUUGAUACGUCACAUGAGGAGGGCUGACGCGGGCAUGUACACAUGCGUGGCUGAUCACGUGGUCAGGGGCUCCAGAGCGAGUCUGACUUUGAACGUACAGUACCCUGCUUCCAUCAUCAGUAUCUCAGAGUCUCUCACGGCCACCGUGUCAGACAGCGUUACUCUGCAGUGUGUGGCGGACGGCAACCCCCCUCCCAACAUCACGUGGUCAAAGAAUGGAUUGCGCAUGCGCAGUCUUAAGACCCCGCUCUCCAUGGACGUCAUGGCGAGCACGCUGCAGCUGAAGAAGAUCCACGUGAACGACACCGGGAUGUAUCUGUGUGUGGCGGGAAACGACAUCGGAGAGACCGACACGAAGUCCAUAUCACUGACAGUGAAGCAGUACAGAACUGAUCAAGAGAUAGAUUCCUCCAAGAUUGCCAUCAUCGUGGGUGGUACGGCUGGAGGCCUGUGGUUGGUGGUUUGCAUCGGACUGGGCACGUACCUCUUCCGGCGGCGCCGGAAACAGAAGGAGAAGAAACAGUUCGCCUUCUAUUACAACAUGGCGUCCCACCGGAAACCAGGGGUUGGGAACGAGAGCAGGAACGAGGAGGACAAAGAGCCGCCACCAUACAGCGCCAUGCCUGCCAAACUCCAAGACAAAGCGCCGACCAGAUUUGGCGGUAUCAACACCAUACGGAAGUCCAUAGGGAAGAAAGACAGACGUUACGCUUGCGCACUGUAUUCUUACCGGCCCCGCGAGGAGAACGAGCUAACCAUGGAGGUUGAUGACGUCAUCGAGGUGCUGGAGGGGGAAGAUGGCGGCUGGUGCCUGGGUUACCUGAGGGGCAGGAUAGGCCUGUUCCCCUCUAACUACGUCAAGUUUCUGUCUUCAAGCGAGGUUCUCGCAAUGAAGACCGGCCGCCAUGUUGAUGUCGCAGAGGCUUCUGGGACAAAGAGAAGUAUCUAAAGGCACCACAGACAUGUAUGCAGAUCGUGAUCAUGGAAAGGAGAGUAAUAAGAAAAAUAUGAUAAUAUAGAACCAAAACGAUAUUCAUCUAUAUGAUGACAAGGUUUUCAAAAGGGAACGUUUGAUGGCAAUAAUUCUACUGGAGCCUGUGAAUAGUUUGGUAAUAAUGAGUCAGAUCUGAUUGGUAAUGAUACGUCACUGAAUAGAAUGCAGCAUAGGUGUCGCUGCUUAUCAUUGUUCCUGGAUAACAUUUAUGUACAUAAGACAUUCUUUACGUUUGGGAACGCAGCGACACCUAUGCUACAGUACAAUGUGAACCAGUCAGAAUU